AUGACUAAUCAGUCAGUUGAAGAGGCCCCGGUAGUGCACCAGCAGUUUUACAGAUUGGAAAUGAAAGAAAGUCAAAUGAUCAAACUUGUUGUGGCCAUUUUCGCAUCACUGCUUUUUGUUUACAUCAACAGCAUCAUGUUUCACACUCUUCUCAGUAAGCCCGUGUUUAGAGAGCUGCCUCGAUACGUUCUGUUUGCCCACAUGCUCUGCAAUGACUCAGCCCAGUUGCUUGUAUCUAUGACAUUAUAUCUCCUAACGAUGCAUUUGCAAGCAAUUCCUAAAGUUCUGUGUGCUUUCAUUUUGUUAUUAGCCACAGCAACAUUCCGCAACGCCGCUUUGAACCUGGCCGUAAUGUCACUUGAGCGCUAUGUGGCCAUUUGCUUUCCAUUAAGACACAGUGAGAUUGUGGACCAGAAAUCAGCAGGUGUUUCUAUUGGUGUCAUAUGGUUCUUAAGUGCGUUAAACGUUGUAAUAGAUAUUAUUUACGCACUGAUGGUGAACCCUGUGUCUUUUAAAAACCCCAUGCUCUGUAGUCGAGAGAGGUUUAUCUUUUCAAAAUGGCAAGUGGAUAUGUUUCAAGCCUUCAAUUCCUUUUACUUUGUGGCUGUAACUUGUAUAUUAAUUUUCACCUACAUUAAUGUUGUACUUGCGGCUCGAUCUGCCUCAUCAAAGAAAGACUCAGCAAAAAAGGCACAACAGACGAUAUUGCUGCAUUUUGGUCAGUUGGUUCUCUGUGUUAACUCUUUUAUUUAUGGAACUAUAGAGAGAGCCUUGUAUAUGGGCAGCAGCCUCGAGUUGUUCUUUCAUCUGCGAUACCUUAAUUUCCUCUUUGUUCUUCUUCUGCCUCGGUGCCUGAGUCCCCUAAUUUACGGCCUCAGAGACGACGCUGUGAGGCCCUUAUUCCUCUAUUAUUUCAGGUGUGGGACUCGGAAGGUUAAGCCCUCUGUUAAUGCACACUAAUAAUGUUUUGACGUUUGAGAACUAACUUGUUACACAGUGAGUGCGUAGACAUGCGGUUCAGUAUCCCAAAUAUG